UGACACCGGAAGUGGAUGCAGAGAGGCGCCUUUUCUGAGCUCACGUUGUCAGGCAGAAAUUAACCAAAUCUUUUGGCAGGGCCCGACGUUGUUGUUAGGUCGAAAAGGAGAUUAUUCAGCUGGCAUAACACUUGCCAAGGGCAGCGGCAGGAAGUCGUACCGUUAAGUUGUCACAUAUUCAACAUGGCGACUAAAAAGAAGCGAACGCCAAACGUGCAAAAUGACAGCUGGGUUGUAAUCGCUGCAGACUCUGCCAUCGACACACAGAAGCACGACAGUGAUCCAACUUUCGUCAGACUGAGGAAUCCGUCUACAGAUGCAGCAUCUCUGUACCUGCUGGGCAGCGGUGACGUGCAGCUGUAUGAGGUCAAAGCAUUUCAAGAAGAUUUCCGUUCCUGGUUUGUUGGCCAGAGUGUACAGAGAGAUGGCAGACUUAUGUUUGUGACACCAAUGGAUCCCCUCUACCUAAUUCUGCCAUAUCUGAUUAAAUCUGGCAAAGAGGGGAAGUUCCAACCUUUGGAUCAAGUUAUCAUGGAUGAGGAACUCCCAGCUUGCUCGAGGCUGCUCAGCUGCACACGUUCCCUGUCGUCCUUGCACCACAUUGCUGAGGAAAAAGAGGUGGGAGGCCAGAAGUUUCAUCGAUACAGUCAAGAGAGAACCAUGAACUGGUUGAAGAAGAAGGUGGAGAGAACGGUUGUUGCUCUGAAGAAGACAAACAUCUCCGUCGGAGAAGGAGUGAAAUCCACAACAUAUGUCAGGGUGAAGUCAGAGUCAGGCACUCACGAGGAGGACUACCUGCGUUACGCCCAUGGCCUGAUAUCAGAUUAUAUCAGCGAAGACUUGAGCAGAGCCCUCCUCAAACACUUGGGGUUACCAGAACUAACGAGUCCAAAGGAGACAGAGCCUCCUUCCAAGAAGCGGAAACUUUCAGACAAGCCGGUGGAGGCCGGAGAAGACUACACCAAAUUCAACAGUGCAGACUUUGCGCGGAAACCGUCCAAGAAGAUGUCGGCUGCUCAGAAAAGUCUGGCUAAGGUGGAUAAGACUGGCAUGAAGACAAUGUCGUCGUUCUUCAGCCCCAAGGUCAAAACAGAGAAGAAAUGAAUGUUGUCUAGUUCCUGUAAUUUGUAUACAACAUAUUUGUAAUAAAGAAAAGAAAAUGUAUUGGGACAUAUUUUAAUUUUAAAUAGUUUAAAAGGGAUAAUUUCUAGAAUUCUAGAUGUUUUUUUAAGGCGACAACUAUAUAAUACACUUUUUUUUUAUUAUUUAUUGUUUAAAAAUAUUUAUGUGUAAGUAAUGUGUGAAUAUUUCUUCUCUGACUUCACAAAAUUAUAUAAAAAAAGUUUUAUUUCUUA